CCGAAACCCCUCCCUCCUCCCCCCAGUGAGCCGGUGCUUGGGGUGCGCGCUCGCUCUCGCGGUGUCUGGAGAAUCGAAGCUGGGUGUCGGAGUGUCGCCUGUGUCCCCUCUUCACCUGCGGCAGUACACAGCGAGCAUCCCCCACCUCACUUCCCUGGCUGUCACGUGACCGGAGCGAUCGGCCAGAAUCCAGGAGCGGCACAGAGACCGGGGGAGUCAUGGAUAAUUUAAGUGACACCUUGGAGAAGUUGAAGAUAAGUGGAUCUGACUGCACAUCUGACAAGCUAGAUGGAUGUUUGGAUUGUCUGCUUCAGGCACUUGGUCAAAAUAAUAUAGAGAGCAGUGAAAAAAUGCAGCAGAGCGGAAUCCUUCAAGUCUUUGCAAGUCUUUUGAAUUCACAAUCGUCCUGCACAGCAAAAAUGGCUCACAUCAUAGCAGAAAUAGCAAAAAAUGAACAAUUGCGCAUUCCAUGUGUGGACGCCGGUCUGAUUCCACCGCUGGUGCAGCUUCUGAACUGUAAAGACCAGGAGGUGUUGCUGCAAACAGGACGUGCCCUUGGGAAUAUUUGUUAUGAUAGCCAUGAGGGCAGGCACGCGGUUGACCAAGCGGGUGGUGCAAAAAUUGUAGUUGACCAUUUGCGGUCAAUGUGCACUUUAACAGAUCCAGCAAAUGAGAAGCUCAUGACUGUCUUUUGUGGCAUGCUGAUGAACUAUAGCAAUGAGAAUGAUUCUCUGCAAGCUCAGCUCAUAAAUAUGGGAGUGAUUCCCACACUGGUGAAGCUGCUUGGCGUUCACUCUCAGAACACUGCUUUGACAGAGAUGUGCCUUGUUGCGUUUGGCAACUUAGCAGAACUUGAGUCCAGUAAAGAACAGUUUGCUUCAACAAAUGUUGCAGAAGAACUUGUAAAGCUUUUUAAAAAGCAAACAGAGCAUGAAAAGAAAGAGAUGAUUUUUGAAGUUUUGGCUCCUCUUGCAGAAAAUGAUGCUAUUAAACUGCAACUUGUUGAAGCCGGCCUGGUAGAAUGUUUACUUGAUAUUGUCCAUGAAACUGUGAACAGCGAGAAGGAUGAAGAUGUUGCAGAGCUGAAAACUGCAUCAGAUCUCAUGGUGCUGCUACUUUUAGGAGAUGAGUCCAUGCAGAAGCUGUUUGAAGGGGGUAAAGGAAGCGUCUUUCAGAGGGUGCUGUCUUGGCUUCCAUCUCAGAAUCACCAGUUACAACUAGCUGGUGCCUUGGCGAUUGCCAACUUUGCCAGAAAUGAUGGGAACUGCAUCCAUAUGGUGGACAAUGGCAUUGUACAGAAACUCAUAGAUCUCCUAGAUGGGCAUGUGGAAGGUGGCAAUGUAACAGUACAGCAUGCAGCACUAAGUGCUCUAAGGAACUUGGCCAUUCCUGUUAUCAAUAAAGCAAAAAUGCUUUCAGCUGGAGUAGCAGAGGAAGUGCUGAAGUUUCUGAAGUCUGAAAUGCCUCCAGUCCAGUUUAAACUAUUGGGAACACUGCGGAUGUUAAUAGAUGCUCAAGCUGAGGCCGCUGAACAGUUGGGGAAGAACAUUGAACUAGUUGAGCGCCUCGUAGAAUGGUGUGAAGCCAAGGACCAUGCUGGAGUUAUGGGCGAGUCCAACAGGCUGCUUUCAGCUCUCAUACGGCACAGCAAAUCAAAGGAUGUAAUUAGAACCAUUGUUGAAAGUGGAGGCAUCAAGCACUUAGUCACCAUGGCAACCAGCGAACAUGUAAUAAUGCAAAACGAAGCACUUGUUGCCUUGGGAUUAAUAGCCGCAUUAGAUUUACAAUCAGCUGAAUGUCACCUAGAAAGUGCACAGUUGGUCCAAGUUCUUCACAGACUGUUAUCAGAUGACAGAAGUGCACCAGAGAUCAAGUACAAUUCUAUGGUUUUGAUUUGUGCAGUUAUGGGUUCUGAGCCUCUUCACAAGGAAGUUCAAAGCCUGGCAUUCCUUGAAGUUGUAUCCAAAUUACGGAGCCAUGAGAACAAAACGGUGGCCCAGCAGGCCUCGCUAACAGAGCAGAAACUGACUGUACAAAGCUGAGAUUUGUUUGCACAAAUUGUCCAUCCCGCAGAUUUCAUUGUCUCUGUGCUCUGCCCUGGCCAUGUUCCCCACCAACCGUAUCACUUGUGCAUGUGUGCUAUGUUGCCACAGAAACCGAUGAACUGCUGUAGGUACCUGUACAAUCGUAGGCACAGAAAGAUGAAAACUAAAGCCAUUUUCUUCUCAUUAAUUUUUCCCUUGUAUCCUCGUUGCUUACCUCCAAGGGAAGUAUGUGCAUGUUGUAGUCCUCCAAUGUAAAGUGAUACAACCCCAAUAGAGUAUUGCUAGAGUAUGGACAAUACAGGAAACAGCCAGUUAUUUUUGGAAUUGGAUUAUCACAUGUAGUCACAGCGGCUCAAUUUUUGGUGCUUUGGAUGCAGGCUAGAAAGGAACUCCAUUGCUACUCAUUCACUAGUCUUGCUCGUUGCUGUUAAUCUUGUGAUACGAUACCCAGAGUCCACUAAUAAAACUACCAGUGCCCUCUUA